AUGCCAGACUCACUCGCGGAACUCAGAACAAAGGGCCUCAAUCAAGCACAAGUGCAAGCCUUUCUCCACUGGCGCGCGCACCAACGCGUCGUCUGGCUCCAUGCAAUCAUCGGUCCAAACGAUGACCCAGACGAUUUCUACAACCCAGAUGCUCAGAGCCACGAUGAUGUUAUCGUCGAGUGGUAUGUCCGCACUCUGAUGAGUCAAGACCCAGAAGAAGACGAGGCGGAGUUCGAAGACGCGACCGGUUUCUACGCCAACCCUCUGUACGACCCGAGCACAUCGGAGAAGGACAUCAUGAACUCCAUGCCAGUCAUCACUAUCUCUGCUCACAACAACCACACCAUUCCCGCCGGCCACGAGGACAUCGCACGAACCCACAAACAAAAUCUGGAGGAGAUGGAGGGAAAGUGCCCCGUCCGCAAGGGUGCAAUCUCUUCGACCAGAUACUUCACUUCCUGCCAGCACACCGGAUGCGCCGAGUGUAUCAUCGGCUGGCUGAAGUAUCAGAGCAGCUGUCCGACCUGCCGUAAGGAUGUGAUGCACGAGCAGGCAAUCCUCAUUCAGCUUCAGGAGAGCGGCGGACCGGCGAACAGCCUCGAUGAUGAUGCUGGAGGUCAAGGCAGCGAACAGCUUGCCACGGGAGAGAUGCGGGCCGGAAAUGAGGUCCAGGAAGAUGCCUUGGUCUGUGCCGAAGCAACUGGAGGAGGCCUUACUGACGACAUGUGCGGAGCGUAG